AGAAAACAAGCUAGAUGGUGCUUCCUCAUAAAUCCCAGGACCCAGGCUAACAACGGUUAAUUCUUGGAGAGCUACAGAGGUGAAAUAAGCACGUGGAUCAGUCCUAAGGGGUGUGUUAUCCUGUGUUCCUUCCAUUACUAUUUUCAGUCAUUUAAGAAUAUUGGGCUGCGGGACCUUCCAUUUAAGCUUUGGUUAUUCGGUUACCUGAAUAGAAUUUACAUCCUGGCAGGCAGAUAAUCACUGCUAUGGCAGUGUCCUCUCCUUGAAGGGAACCAGAAUUUAAACUGGCGUUAACCUAGAUCUGGCACAGAAAGAUACGGAAAGGGAAAGGCUGCAGCUACAGAAGACAGGUGUUUUUGAUGCAAAGGCGUUUUUUUGUUUUUAUUUUUGUUUUUGCAAAGGCGUUUUGCACUAUUGUUUUCGCAGCAGUACAAGUGGACUUCACCAUGGGUAGUACUUACUGACCGUUGUGGGUCCCGUCACAUCCUGUAACGAAAUCACCUCUUCCUCCUUGCCUUCCUCCCCUGGGGCUGGGGACCCAGGGCGGCAGUUUGGAAGCACCGGCUGGGAGUCUCUACCCGGAAGCAGCAGAGGGCGGCAGAAGGCUCAGGUCGGUCCUCCGCAUCCGUAUCCUAGCAACACUCCCCGCCGCCGGAGUGCUUCCGGGGCGGAGGUCACCAUGGCGGCCGCCCUUGCUCGGCUCGGUCUGCGGUCGGUCAAGCAAGUUCGCGUUCAGUUUUGCCCUUUCGAGAAGAACGUGGAGUCGACGAGGACCUUCCUCCAGGCGGUGAGCAGCGAGAAGGUUCGCUCCACCAAUCUGAACUGCGCGGUGAUCGCGGACGUGCGGCACGACGGCUCCGAGCCCUGCGUGGACGUGCUGUUCGGGGACGGGCACCGCCUGAUCAUGCGCAGCGCCCACCUCACCGCUCAGGAGAUGUUCGCCGCCUUCGCCUCCCACGUCCAGGCCAGAAGCGAAGCGGAGAGCGGGGAGAAGCCAGGCGCUGGUACUGGGCGCUGACAGCGAGGAAGAGACUAAAGCACUGAUUUUGGCCUAAGACCAGGACACUUACCUGAGAAGACAUGAACUUUAGUCAUUCAAGUAACUAUGGGAGGGGGCCGGGGCCGGGGCCGGAGGCAGGGGCGGGCCGGGCGGGCCGGGGGAGCUUCACCGCUGCUGGGGCGAGAUGGGGUGGGAGGGGUCUGGACAAACAGGGGUUUUUUUCCGCUUUGUAACCAUCACUUACUGCUCAGUUCUUUUGAAUUUGGCUUUUUCCACCACUCAACGUACCUUUUAAUUUUUUUUUUUUAACCAAACUAGUGCUGUUUUCUCAGUCCUUACCUUUCUUAGUAGUUUCUUCCACUCUUAAUUCACCCCCUUGUGGAAGCUCUCUCCCUCUUGUAUCUUUUCCUUUUCCUAACUGUGAAGGCUUAUUGCCCUCACCCUUGUUUUUCUUCUCUUUAUCCCUGGGACGUCCUAUUCUCCGUACCAUAAAGCUUGCAUUUUUGUUUGAUUCUUCUCAACUUGUGUGUUAUAGUAAGUUUACUUAUGCCAACUUCCUCCAACAUGCUUUGUGUGAAAUAAAAUUGAUAAUCAUACAUAUA